AUGCCGGAAGUCUUCCAAUUGGGCCAUUUGCCCAUCAAGGACCACUCGUUCUCCCCCAACCGCGACAUCCUCGCCAUCACUAAGGAGGACUGGGUCGAGGUGUACCUGAUGGCGGCGGGCAAGCCCCAGUUGUUUGCCACGCUCAAGGAACACGACAAGACGGUGACGGCGGUGGACAUCUCCCCCGAUGGCACCAAGAUCUUGACUUGUUCGCAAGACAGAAACGCUCUUGUGUGGGAGUGGAAUGGCACCGAGUUCAAGCCGACGUUGGUGCUUUUGCGGAUCAACCGCGCUGCCACUUGCUGCCGCUGGUCUCCCGACGGGCGCAAGUUUGCUGUGGGGUCGCUGGACCGCGUGGUGGCCGUGUGCUACUACGAAGAAGAAAACAACUGGUGGGUGUCGAAGCACUUGAAGAAACCCAUGCGCAGUACCAUCACCUGCAUCGACUGGCACCCUAACGGGGUGCUUCUCGCUGCUGGUGGCACUGACGGCCACGCUCGUGUGUUUUCGGCCUACAUCAAGGGGCUUGACGCUAAGCCUGAACCCACGGUGUGGGGUCUGAAGCUUCCCUUCCAAACCCUUUGCGGUGACUUCGAAAACGACACCAAGGCGUGGAUCCACGGGGUUGCGUUCUCGCCUCUGGGUAACGCUCUUGGCUACGCCGCCCACGACGGUACCGUCACCGUGGUCUACCCUGGUGGCGAGGGCCAACCGCCCCGGGCUUUCUACGAAGUCAAGUCCAACAACUUGCCCUUCAAGUCACUCACCUUCAUCAACGACUCGCAAAUUGUUGCUGGUGGUCACUCGUGUAACCUUGUCAUUUAUCAAGGUAACGAACAAGGGUGGAAGGAAGGUAAGAAGGUGGAAAACGACGCCCCCAUCGUCGAGCCGGCGUCGGCGGGUGAUGAAGACGUGGAAAUGAACACGUCGCAGGCCCUCCACAUGUUCAAGCAAAUGGACUUGAAGGGUCGGGUCACCAAGAUCCAACCCGGUAAGUCUUUGCCCACCACUCACCAAAACACCAUCACCGCAGUGAGAAACUACGGCCCCGGCAAGGUGUCUACUUCGGGCGCUGAUGGUAAAAUUGUCAUCUUCUCGAUUUGA